AAAUAUCAUUUGAGAUCUGGUGGCGGUUAUGGGCUGAACAGACGUGCAGUGUGUGCUCAGUGUACAGUCAAACUGUAGACAUCAGACAGUCGCUCCUGAAGAGUAGCUCUUGAGCUUCUGGCUGAUCAGCACAGGGUUGAAAAAGAAGAUGAAAUCUAACGCUUCAAAGCAGAGCACAACAAAGAACGCUUACAAACCAAUGCCGUGUGAUUCAGACAGCGAGUAUAUCACACCUGGGGUAUUUGAGCUGGAGAAACUGUUCUGGCGCAGCUCAGGAGCAGCAUACACCCACGUCAACGAAGUCUGGCCUCGCGUCUACAUUGGAGAUGAGAAAACAGCUUUAGAGCGCCACAACCUGGAAAAGAUGGGGAUAACACACAUCCUGAAUGCAGCUGAGGGAAAAUGGAAUAAUGUUGCCACAGGUCCAGACUACUACCACGGCAUGAACAUCGAUUACUAUGGAGUGGAGGCAGAAGACAUUCCGACUUUCAACCUCUCUCAGUUUUUCUACCCUGCAGCUCAAUUUAUUGACCAUGCACUCAGCAGCCCAGAGAGUAAACUGCUGGUGCAUUGCGUCAUGGGACGAAGUCGGUCAGCUACUUUGUUUUUGGCUUACUUAAUGAUCUACAAGGACAAGACUGUUGUUGAUGCCAUUGAACAUGUAAAAGAACAACGCUGCAUUCUACCCAACAGAGGAUUUCUAAAGCAACUGCGAGUCCUGGAUGUUCAGCUACAAGAGCAAAAGGCACAAAACAAAUAGUGAAAACUCAUAACCCCCCUAGAAACGUGGGGCCAUUUGGAUCUACUACAUGUAGUUUUUUGGGGGGAAAUGAUUAAAUAGUCUCUUGUGUAUAUAACCCGAAAUGGAGCUAGCUAUGAUUUACACCAUUUUACAUGGAAUACUUCAUGUGGACUUUUGAAAUGGUUAAGAAUGUGUUCACAAGAUUAGCUAGAAAUACAGCUCUCAGCCAGGAGUUCGCCCUAAUAACUACACUAUUGAAAAGCAAUAAGAAUGUUUAAAAUUCUCAAAGGAACAAAACAGAAAGAACCAUGACUAUUGGCAGACAUAUUUAGAGUGAACCAACACAAAUGUGAGGUGAAUGAUUUGAAUAUUGCACCAUGAACAAAGUGUUGGGCAGAUGAGCAAAUGCUUUACAAACAGUCCAUACUCAGGUUUAAGUCUGUCAGUGGCUCAUCAUAAUUUAUUUUCUGCUAAAAUGUACAGCAUUUAAGUGACCAACUAAAAAGGUAACUCAUAAAUACAGGACUGUUGAUCCAUUAAUUAGUACAGUCAGGAUAUCCCUCUUACGUCAAACUCCCAUUCUGUACAGGUACAAAGGCUACAAAAUAAGCUAUACAAACAGACACCAAUACAAUUUACCUUUAUACAUGCCAUCUGUUUUGUCUAUUAACAAGGUCACUGUUCUACAUUUCAGUAAAAUAUAAAUCAGAUGUUUUAUAAAGAUAAAAAAAUCUACAGAUGGAAUGAAAAUGUACGUUUAAAGGCAUUUCAUAAAAGACCAACUUUGGAAUAAAUUGACAAUUUCUGA